AGCAAACACCUGUCCUUUCACUGCCAAAACAAACAAAAAUAAUCCCAUCAGGCUUCCAGUCCAGUCGAGUCUCCAAGUAGUAGCCUUUUAUCUCAUCCCUGUUGCCUUUCCGGCGGGAAGCUGAGAACAGAGCUUCGCAUUUGGCGAAGGGGAAAAACUCCUCUAAAACCCUAGAAAUUCAAAAAUUCCUUCACAACCAAAAAGUUGGAUACACUGUCACCACCACUCGCCAUGUACUGGCUCGCUACUCGUAACGGCGUUGUCUCUCUCCCUCGCUGCUGUCAUCUUGCUCUUCUUCUUCGCUCCCCUUCUCGUAAAUGCAGCAGCUCUUUCAUUCCCUCUCCGCCGCUCCUUGGACAGUUUCGAAGGAUUCGUUGUUUCAAAGAUCAAAAAGUUUUAAGAGGAAGCAGAAAGGCGACCAAUAAACUUAAUGCUUUGAAUAAUUUCCUGGAUGAAAGAGUUCUUUCUAACAUACUGUGGUGGAAGGAGAGGAUGGAGAUGUGCAGGAAGCCGUCAACUGUCCAGCUGGUUAAAAGGCUUGACUAUUCCAAUUUGCUAGGCUUGGAUGUUAAUUUAAAAAAUGGGAGUCUAAAAGAGGGAACACUCAACUGGGAGAUCUUGCAGUUCAAGUCAAAGUUUCCACGUGAAGUUUUGCUCUGCAGAGUUGGUGACUUUUAUGAAGCCCUUGGAAUAGAUGCUUGUAUUUUGGUUGAAUAUGCAGGUUUGAAUCCUUUUGGUGGCCUGCGUUCAGAUAGCAUUCCGAGAGCUGGAUGCCCGGUUGUGAAUCUUCGUCAAACUUUGGAUGAUCUGACACGGAAUGGGUUUUCGGUGUGCAUAGUGGAAGAAGUUCAGGGUCCAACACAAGCUCGUUCCCGUAAAGGCCGUUUUAUAUCGGGGCAUGCACAUCCUGGUAGUCCAUAUGUGUUUGGACUUGUUGGGGUUGAUCACGAUCUUGACUUUCCAGAACCAAUGCCUGUAGUUGGAAUAUCUCGCUCGGCCAGAGGGUAUUGCAUAAACUUUGUCCUGGAGACUAUGAAAACUUAUUCGUCGGAGGAUGGUUUGACUGAAGAGGCCCUAGUUACUAAGCUUCGUACUUGUCGGUACCAUCAUUUAUUUCUGCAUAUGUCUUUGAGGAGCAAUUUUUCAGGCACUUGUCGUUGGGGAGAAUUUGGUGAGGGAGGCCUACUGUGGGGAGAAUGUAGUGGUAGACAUUUUGAAUGGUUUGAAGGCAAUCCUGUCAUUGAUCUUUUGUCUAAGGUUAAAGAUCUUUAUGGUCUUGAUGAGGAUGUUACAUUUAGGAAUGUCAGCGUGUCUUCAGAAAACAGACCCCACCCUUUGACCCUAGGAACAGCAACUCAAAUUGGUGCCAUACCAACUGAGGGAAUACCUUGUUUGUUGAAGGUGUUGCUUCCUUCAAACUGCACAGGACUACCUUUAUUGUAUGUUAGAGAUCUUCUUCUUAAUCCUCCUGCUUAUGAUAUAUCGUCCACAAUUCAAGCAACGUGCAGACUUAUGAGUGACAUAACGUGCUCGAUUCCUGAGUUUACUUGUGUUUCACCUGCAAAGCUGGUGAAGCUUCUUGAACUGAGGGAGGCCAAUCAUAUUGAGUUCUGCAGAAUAAAAAAUGUUCUUGAUGAAAUACUGCAGAUGCGUAAAACUCCUGAGUUGUGUGAAAUCCUGCAGUUGUUGAUGGAUCCCACGUGGGUGGCAACUGGGUUGAAAAUUGACUUUGAGACAUUAGUUAAUGAAUGUGAGUCCACGUCAGGUAGAAUUGGAGAAAUGAUCUCCCUCGACUAUGAACAUGAUCAAAAGCUUAGUUCUUUUCCUAUUGUUCCUAGUGAAUUUUUUGAAGAUAUGGAGUCUUCAUGGAAAGGUCGUAUAAAGAGAAUCCAUAUCGAGGAAGCAUUCGCAGAAGUGGAAAAGGCUGCUGAGGCUUUAUCUUUAGCAGUUACUGAAGAUUUCGUGCCCAUUCUUUCUAGAAUAAAAGCAACCACAGCUCCACUUGGAGGCCCAAAAGGAGAAAUAUUAUAUGCGCGGGAGCACGAAGCUGUUUGGUUUAAGGGAAAACGGUUUGUGCCUGCAGUUUGGGCUGGUACGCCUGGUGAAAAACAAAUUAAACAGCUUAAACCUGCUCUAGAUUCAAAAGGUAGAAAAGUUGGAGAAGAGUGGUUUACCACAAUGAACGUGGAGGAUGCUUUAACAAGGUAUCAUGAGGCAGGUGCCAAGGCAAAAACAAGGGUAUUGGAAUUGUUGAGGGGACUUUCUUCUGAUCUACAAGCGAAGAUCAAUAUCCUUGUAUUUUCCUCAAUGCUUCUAGUUAUUGCAAGGGCAUUAUUUGCUCAUGUGAGUGAAGGGAGAAGAAGGAAAUGGGUUUUUCCUACCCUUGGAGAGUCCUAUAGGUCGAAGGAUGUAAAACCAGUAAAUGGAGAAAAUGGGAUGAAGAUAGUUGGUCUAUCACCAUACUGGUUGGAUGUAGCAGAGGGAAGUGCUGUGAAUAACACCGUUGAUAUGCAGUCAUUGUUCCUUUUGACUGGACCGAAUGGUGGUGGUAAAUCAAGUUUGCUACGAUCAAUUUGUGCUGCUGCGUUACUUGGAAUAUGUGGAUUUAUGGUGCCUGCUGAGUCAGCCUUGAUCCCUCAUUUUGAUUCUAUUAUGCUUCACAUGAAAUCUUAUGACAGCCCUUCUGAUGGGAAAAGUUCUUUUCAGGUAGAGAUGUCAGAAAUUCGGUCCAUUGUUUCUGGAGCCACUAAAAGAAGUCUCGUACUUGUAGAUGAAAUUUGCCGAGGAACAGAAACAGCAAAGGGUACAUGUAUUGCUGGUAGUAUUGUUGAAACUCUUGAUACAAUAGGUUGUCUCGGUAUCAUAUCUACUCACCUGCAUGGGAUUUUUAGUUUGCCUCUUAAUACAAAGAACACUGUAUACAAAGCAAUGGGAACUGUAUAUGUGGAUGGCCAAACAAAACCAACCUGGAAGUUGAUGGAUGGGAUUUGUAGGGAAAGCCUUGCAUUUGAAACAGCUAAGAAGGAAGGGAUUCCUGAAAUAAUAAUUGAAAGAGCUGAAGACCUGUAUCAUUCAGCUUAUGCAAAUGAGGUGCUUCUAGGAAAGAAUGGCACAAAACUGGAACAGUUCUGUUCUACAGGUUUUAGCAGUUCUGACAAAUCCCAUCCUCAGUUGAGUAGUGAUAAAGUUGAAGCUGUCCAUAAGACAGGAUCAACAAACAGAAUGGAAGUCUUACAGAAGGAGGUUGAGAGUGCAGUCAUUGUGAUUUGCCGAAAGAUGCUGAUUGAGCUCUACAAGGAGGAAAAAACAUCAGAAGUUACUGAUAUACACUGUGUUCCAAUUGGUGCCAGGGAACAGCCACCUCCAUCAACCAUAGGUGUUUCAUGUGUAUAUGUGAUUCUCAGACCUGAUAGGAGACUGUAUGUCGGACAGACUGAUGAUCUAGAGGGCCGAGUCCGUGCACAUCGUUCAAAGGAAGGAAUGCAGAACGCCAAUUUCCUUUAUUUCACUGUCCCAGGGAAGAGCUUGGCUUGCCAAUUGGAGACUCUUCUCAUCAACCAGCUCCCUUAUCAAGGAUUCCAUCUGACCAAUGUGGCUGAUGGUAAACAUAGGAAUUUUGGCACAUCCAAUCUUGCCUUGGAUGGUGUGGCAGUUUGUAGAUAAUUCUGCCGUUUCUUUUUGUACUAGGCGCUGUGGUAAGGGAAAGGGAGAGAUGGUUGGCAUUCCAUGUAGCCUGUAUAUGUAUGUAGUAGUAGUGGCAGUGGCAGCAACAAUUUUUGUUUUUGUUUAUGUUGCUCCACUUAUCAUGUUUGUCAGCCGAGUAGAUGGAGGUGAAAUUUUUCGGUACUUGUAAAAUAUUACAUUUGUUAUUUAUCCGAUUUUCUCCUUUUUACCAAAAUCCGAUGCUUCAUAUUUCGGGUUUGCUAUAUUAGUUUUUUUGGUACUGGGUUGCAA